AUGGACUCGUCAUACUCAGAGCAUACCGCCAAGCGAGUUCGACACGCCUGUGAGGCCUGCAGAUACCCAUCAUAUCGGACUCGGGACCAUGCUCAGGUUUUCAGACGAAAAAAGGCAAAAUGCAAUGGAGCGCAGCCGAUUUGCUCUUUAUGUGCUAGAUUGCGACAAGACUGCGUAUACGCAGGGUUAAAACGGCGAUAUGUACCGGACGACCUUCCGAGGUCAAGUGCUCCGCUCUCAUCAUCUUCUCCAAACCUUGAAGAUAGAUUGCGUAGCUUAGAGGGCAAGCUAGGAGCAGUUCUGGAUCAUCUAGGAAUCGAAUCUGGUUCAAGUGAUGUUCCUGCUGCAACGCCAUCAGGAUCCAGUUCAUCUAUUAUCCUUCCACCGUGGGAAGAGAUUAUUCCAAUAGCAAAGCUCUACUUACUAUAUUGCGAAUCUCAGCCCCUGCCCCUGUUCCACAGAAGCAGCUUCCUUGCCAGUCUUGAAAGGCGCGAUGUUGAGAUCAUAUACGGUAUUCUGGCCCUGAGCCUGCGGUUCUCGGACUCAUAUCGUAACUACCAUAAUCUGACAGAAUUGGUGAACGGUUAUGCUGAAGUGGCGCGGGGUCUGGUAAUGAAGCGAGUAUCGGAGGGGCCAGUUGAAAUCUCAACUCUCCAGUGCCUGUGCCUUUUGAGUCUGGUUGAUUUUACAAGUGGGUACACCAUGAAUCAAGAAUUUAUUUGUUUGUCGCUCACACUUCUAGAUGGCAACACCCAUCGUUCCAGUAUCCACAGCAGUCUGGCAAUGAAUCUUGCACGGUGUGCCAACCUUGGACUCGAAUCUCGUGUAUCGACAAAUAGUAUCCUCCUCGAAGAACGAAGGCGAUGCUUCUGGAGUAUAUGUCUCCUCAGACGACUUCAUGGUGGCGAAUUCUCAAUCCUAGAUCUUCCAGACAUAGGGGGUCCACCAUAUCCCCAAAGCCCAAGUCGGCCGGCCCGUGCUAUCUCUCCAAGCCCCCCGACUCCAGGUCGAAGAAGCGAGCUUCAGGACCAGGGAAUCGUUGCAUAUGUCAUAAUGCUAAGUGAAGCAUUUGGAAGAACAGCACGAUAUGUACGGCACCGGGGACGACCGGGUAAUGUACCACCAUGGUCUCCCGACUCAGAGUACUCCAAAGUCAUUGCGCUCCAGAUGGAGCUGGAAACGCGCAUGCCACUCACACACCGGUUCAAACCAGCAAAUCUCAGCGACAGAUCAUUAGAGGAACUACAGACUCAUAGAGAGUACUGGGGUCCGUGGUUUCUGAACCAGUUCAUGUACCACACCAUCCUCUGCCUCCUCAAUCAUCCACUACUGCUAUCUUUGAGUCUGCGUACUUUCAGGAGUACCAUCCCCGAAAUCUUCUUACAACAUACUUCCGACCUGAUAUCGUCACAUACGACCUGGAUCAUACAUUUCAUCAAUUAUUUCGAAGAGAGAUCGUUCCUCGUCUCAGAUCCAUUUCUGGGAUAUAGCGCUGCUGUCGUAGCUACCAUCGAGCUCCAGCUAAGCUUCACAGACAAUCCAGCCAUCAGGGAACAAAAGCGAGACCGCUUCACAAAAUGUGUCAAUUUCGUACAAAAGAUCGGUCAGAGAUGGCCUCAUAUGGCUCGCUUGGCGGAAAGACUUCAACAUCUGGAAAAUGCGGUUUCGGCCACUUACCAAUCCGAUCCAGGUGUUCAGAAUCAAAGUCUCCUGAUUGAUCUUUCUCGCUUUUGGGAGAUUCUGGAGUAUUCAUCCAAUAGUGACGUGGAUUCUGCUCGGCGUCUGUUUGGGGAUUCGUUGUAUACCGGACCACCAUCUGUGGCAACGGAAGUAUCACAGACUUCGCCUUUACCGGCCCCGACUCGUUUGACUACCCAGGAGGAAUCAUCUUCCACUCUUCAAUCUCCGAAUUUUAAUUCCAAUUCCGUCUUUCCCAGCGGUCACGAUUACCCUACGAAUUCACUGGUGGCGCCACAGCAGUUGGCUUUGUCAAACGAUGAAUUUUCUAUCCUUGCUACAAACUUCUUUUCUCAGGGACAAGAGUUUCUUCGAGGUGGUGAUAGUUGGGAGAAUAUUGGGAAUUUCUGA